CUUCGCAAAUUUAUAUAAAGGAUGUAGGAGAAGUGUCCAACAUUCGUUAAUCCUUGACUGAUAUAAAACAUGCUAGGCUGAGAGUAUUUACCUAAUCAACAAUUAGCAGGACAUAAUUUUAUACGAUCGGAUGGUGUUUCGACUAUGGUUACGUUAGAACACUCCAGUGGCUCCAAGGAUGAUACAGAGGCCAUCAUGCCUCAGGAACAAGAACCGGAGAAGAGAAGACUUCAGUCCCAUUCCCAACUAUAUGGAGCCAUCACCGGGAACAGUACAGGCAACCUAGGAGAUACCUGCCCGACUUGUUGGGGAGUAGGGCGUAUUCCAAGAGGACAUGAUCAGCUAGUGGCAGUCAUCCCAUGUUCAGACAUUAGACUGAGGCCCAGCCGGACGAAACUCUAUGUGUGUAUUUCGGUGGUGGUGUGUCUCCUGAUCUGCUGUCUGAUCCUCUUCUUCCUCUUCCCACGGAGUAUCUCACUGUCCCUUGUCACCGUCAAAUCAGUGAUGGUCUUCUUCACCCCACAAACAGUUGAAAUGCAAAUCACGAAUGUCUUUAACGUCACCAAUGAGAACUUUGCGGACAUUCAAUUCUUGGAAUUUGAUAUACAAGUGCUGAUUGCUGAAACAGUGAUUGGCAGGAUCAAGAUAUCUAAUAUGACGGCGGUCAAAUCACGUUCAGAGAAAGCGUAUACUGUUGUCAUACCCAUAACAAUUGAGGACCCAGGCCUGAAUAAUUACUGCAAGUCAGACACCAUAAGGAUUCACACCUUGUUCUUGCGUUUGCAAAUGACAAUGAACAUUUCCUACUUGGCUCACUCGGAGCAGCUGUCCGAAGACACCUUUGAGUACAUUGACUGUGGAGCCAACACCACCAUCCCCCACCCUAUCGGGCAAAUUCUUUUUGAAAGAUGAAAGCCUGUCAAUGAGGGAUCCCCAAAGUGAAAAGGUUUAUUAUGAACAAGAUAGACUCUACGGAAUAGGGACCUCUUCCAUUCUAUCUUAUGUCCAGAGGUCCUAAAAAAUAUAUUGAUACAUUUUUCGUUGUCAAAGGGAAAUGUAUACAUAUAGUAUUGUAGUAGACUAUAGUAUUGUCCUAUGCUCUGUUCACAUGAUUUUCUUUGCAAUAUUCUUCUGAGGUAGUUUUUUGAAUGAUUUAUGAACUGUGAAAGUACAUGUUGGUGGUUUUAACAUAAUUGUAGGGAUUUAAAACAUACACUGAGUGUACAAACCAUUAGGAACCCCUUCCUAAUAUUGACUUGCACCCCCCUUUUCCCUCAGAACAGCCUCAAUUUGUCGGGGCAUAGACUCUACAAG